UGCAGACGCUUGUUUCAUCCACUGCUGCAGCCAACGGAGCUUUUCUACAGCUGCCUCGUCUUAAAUAACUGGGAUCAAAAGAAAGCAUCCAUUAUGAGAUUGAAAACAUGGCUGCUUAAGGAACCCAAACAUGAAGACAUUGUAAGUUGUGUUGGCUGGACCACGGCAGAUGAACUAUAUUCGUGCAGUGAAGACCACCAAAUCCUCAAAUGGAACCUGUUGACUAGUGAGACCAGUCUGGUCGUCAAACUACCAGAAGACAUUUACCCCAUCGACUUACACUGGUUCCCAAAAACUGUUGGUGGCAAAAAACAGACGCAGGCUGAAGUCUUUGUCCUUACCAGCUCUGAUGGAAAGUUCCACCUGAUUUCCAAGGUUGGGAGAAUAGAGAAGAGUGUCGAAGCACACAGUGGAGCAGUUUUGGCUGCAAGAUGGAACUGCGACGGCACUGCCCUCAUCACAGCUGGAGAAGAUGGUCAGAUCAAGAUCUGGUCAAAAAGUGGAAUGUUGCGUUCAACACUAAUCAGUCAAGGAUCUCCUGUUUACUCUGUGGCCUGGGGUCCAGACUCAGACAGAAUUCUUUACACAUCAGGAAGACAGCUCAUCAUAAAGCCUCUGCAGCCUAGUGCUAAAGUCAUGCAGUGGAAGGCCCAUGAUGGCAUCAUUCUGAAGGUGGACUGGAAUUCAGUCAAUGACCUCAUCCUUUCAGGGGGAGAAGAUUGUAAAUAUAAGGUAUGGGACAGCUUCGGUCGUCUGCUGUACUCUUCAUCACCUCAUGACUACCCAGUCACCUCUGUGUCCUGGUCUCCAGACGGAGAAGUGUUUGCUGUGGGCUCUUUUAACACCCUGAGGCUCUGUGACAAGACUGGGUGGUCCUAUGCCUUGGAGAAGCCAAACACUGGCAGUGUGUUCACCAUAGCCUGGUCUGCUGAUGGCACCCAGCUGGCAGGAGCCUGUGGUAACGGUCAUGUCAUCUUUGCCCAUGUGGUGGAGCAGCGCUGGGAGUGGAAGAAUUUUGUGAUCACUCUGACCAAGAGAAGAACGAUGCAGGUGAGAAAUGUAACAAAUGACGCUGUGGACAUUCUGGAGUUUAGAGAUCGAGUCAUCAAGGCCUCGCUGGCAUUUGGUCACCUGGUGGUGGCCACAUCACUCCAGUGCUAUGUUUACAACACGAAAAACUGGAACACUCCUCUCAUCUUUGAGCUGAAGGAGGGAACGGUGAGCCUCAUCCAGCAGGCAGAGAAACACUUCCUGCUUGUGGAUGGAGCAGGCUUGUACCUGUUCUCUUACGAGGGUCAGCUGAUAUCCUCCCCCAAGUUCCCUGGUAUGAGAGCUGAUGUCCUCAAUUCCCAAGGUGUCUCCCUCAGUAAUGACACUAUCGCUGUUCGGGACAAACGUGACGAAAAAGUUAUCCUGUUGUUUGAUGCUCUGACUGGGAAAGUCCUCAGUGAUGGGAAGCCCCUGACUCACAAGAUGGAGGUGGUAGACAUCGCUCUGGACCAGUGUGGCCCGUCCACAGAACGGAAGAUUGCCCUGGUAGAUAAGAACCAUGACCUUUACAUAACCUCUGUGCGUCAUCUUGGCCGAGAAGCCAAAAUCUGCAAAAUUGGUAGCAUGGUUCACAGCGUGGCCUGGAACGAUGCUGCUAACAUCCUGUGUGGAAUCCAGGACAAUCAGUUCACAGUGUGGUGUUACCCCAGUGUGGUGUUCACUGACAAAGAACUACUUCCCAAAACACUGUACAUUAAGGACGGCAGUGAGUUCAGUCGAUCCCCACACAUACUAAGCUUUGUCGGUACCAUAGCAACGUUACGUCAAGGAGACGGUUCCCUGGUGUACAGCAGCAUUCCUCCUUACGCAGGUGUGCUCCAUGAGUACAGCUCCUCUACACGCUGGGAGGAGGCACUGCGCCUCUGCCGAUUUGCCAAGGACCAGUCUUUGUGGGCGUGUCUCGCUGCCAUGUCAAUGACACACAGGGAGCUGACCACAGCAGAAAUGGCCUACGCUGCCAUCGGAGAGUUACCAAGGGUGCAGUACAUCAAGAUCAUAAAGGAGCAGCCGUCCAAGGAAUCAUCCUUGGCCCACAUGCUGUUGUUCAGUGGUCAGGUCCAGGAGGCCGAGGCCACCCUGCUACAGGCUGGUCUCAUCUACAGGGCCAUUCAGGUCAACAUCAAUCUUUUUAACUGGGAAAGGGCAUUAGACUUGGCAGUCAAACACAAGACCCAUGUGGACACUGUGCUGGCCUAUAGAGAGAAGUUCCUGAAGAAGUUUGGCAGGAAGGAGACCAAUCAGAGGUUUCUUCAGUAUGCUGAAGGGGUGGAAGUGGACUGGACGAAAAUCCAGGCUAAGUUGGAGAUGGAAAUGUCCAAAGAGCGAGAGAAAGCGGCGAACGCCUCUGUGAGGAGCAGCGUUUCUGUCCGCCGCUGAUCUUCCUCAUGCCUUCAUCAAAGACACAGUGCACAGGUCAUAUUUAGUCACUCUUCACCGACCACCGCCACCUGAUGUCAAAGGAUAGAUUACAGUGUAAUCUGCAGACUGUAUAUAUAUAUAUUUUUUUUACUUAUUUUUUGUAG